GUUUUUAACAGCUGAUUUCCGAUUUGAAAGUUCUGUUCUUCUACGAGGUAACUACACCCGAUCCUCAAGAAAGUCUAGGCUUAUAAAACAUGCUAUCCCUACAACUUGUAUCAGAGAUUCAGGCAGGCACUUCCCUUGUAACUCCAUUUCAACCAUGGUGGGAAAUCCUUAUAGACUACUCUCUUACUGGUAUGCUGAUGGCAGUUCUGUUAGGACUGGCUGGUGUUACACUUACUGGUACCACAGAAAUUGUCUGCGUUCCAAUCCUGAGGAACAAUCAGACAACUGAUCUUAGUAUUGCUUCAUAUGUGAAUUCGAGAUGUUCCAGAACAUUUGGUGGCAGUUUUCUUCUCUAUUAUCCAUACGUUGCGCUUGUAUUUUAUUUGGUGUUGCUGUUUGGUCACAUCGUUUCCGUGAAGUUGCCCUCGACAAGUUCAUUCCUCGAGCUUAUGUUUCAGCUUUUCGCUGACUUCAAAGCGCUUCGAAACUCGUCCGUCUAUUUUGGAGGCCAAGCCGUGGUCACAAACCCCGAGGAACAACGGAUGAGCAACGAGACACAGAAGGGCGGGAAGCUUUACAAAGUGCUGAAAGUCGAAGUCAAGCAGCAAAUCAUUGGUCUUGUAGAACGACUUAUACUAACAUUAGAAUCAAAUCCCGGAUUCUUUCUGGUAUACGUUAUCAAAUCAGUGAUUCUCUUUCUCGGAAGCGGUUUGGUAAUCGCUGGAAAUGUUUUUGCCCUUGUUGUCUUUGAUUGGGAUUUGGUGUUUGAUUGCGAGCUUGAAGCGUCCGUGGCAUCAUUGUAUAAGACAACAACAUGUACAAUUCCCGCAGCCCCUUUCCUAUACAGUUUGAUGAUUGUCACCUCGAGUUUCUCAGCUUUCAUCCUCAUUCUUACCUUGCGUGCGAUGUUCUGGCUGAUUCAAACGAGAAAUUUUCGGUCUGAUUAUUUGAACACGUGGAAAGAAAGGAAGCACGUACUCAGCGAGCGACCAGGAUUUCGAGAUUUUAUUUUUUGUUUAAUGUUGAUGAAGCAUAAUGGCACGGACGGCGAGGCAGUCUAUCAGACUGUCAACUCCAGCCUGCAGAUAUACGCAAGCCUUAAGAUCGAGCAACAUUUCGAAAACGAUCAACUCCUGGGCACAAGUGUCGCAUCUGAUGUACAGUUCGAGCGGGAUAACUAUAUCUGCGACACAAUGCUGCGGGAAAUGGGCAUGCAGAGCAAAGAAACGGGAGAUAGUCACGAUUUGAUCCAUACGUUAAGCCGUGUGUACGACCAUAUUAUGGGAAUAAAUGAUGGCGACAAGGAAGAAGCCGAAAAAAGAUUGCGAAAGGCUCUCGUGGACGAAUUGAUCUCUCACCCAACCCGCUACAAAGACAUGAUUGACAACAGCAAAGAAAACCUCCUGUCGUUUCGGGAGUACGUGAAAAGCAUCCAGGACGGUUCGUUUGAAUCUGGUGAGGUGUUUGAAUGUAACUUCGUAUUGAUAGCCUUUGCGAAUUGUACUCGGCUGAAGCUUGUGGUGGUUAGACCUCACGUGUGCUCAUUUGUCUUCACCCCUCUGUGUGAAGAAGGUGACAAGCUGAAAGACGCCUACCUGAAGCAUAUUCCCCCAAGGGAUUACAUCGCCGUCCAACCAAUCGACAAACCGUCAGGCGAGCAAGUCACAAACAAAGAUCGCUUUUUAGAACGCAUGGACUACGCGAAAAUGCUUCAGGCCGAUGCACUAAAAUCGUGGCGUUCGAUUGGAUAUAAGAACUACCUAGAAACAUUAACAUCGCUGCUGCCCAAGUACCUUACCGGCACAGAAGAUGUUUUCGAUAACGUGGAUGGUUUUCCGGUCAACCGCCCAGUCAUGUCUCACGUGGCGCUUUUAGAGGACUUUGGUCUGGUAGGAGAUGAAGACGAGCCGAACGAAGAGGGGGAUGUUGCGAAGGAAGAGGACGGAUCUAUGGUUAUUAAUUGAUGAGAUCAUUGCAAAUAUACUUUUAUACUUAAAAUAUACAAAAUUACAUAGAAGAACAGCCAAUGAAGGGGAUCAUUUACAUUGGAGAAGAAAAUGACGGAAAAGAAGAGUCGGAAUUUUAAGUUUCUUAGAGCCCCCGAAAUUGCAACUGAUCAAUUAGUGUCAGAUUCAUUAUAAUUUAAUAUCAAUUUAUUUAAUAGAUUUUUAGUAUGGAUCUGCACUCACAUAUAUAGUAAUCGUGUUUUCUAUCUUGCAUGUAUGGUAUAAUUAUAUGUAUAUGAUCACAUAUUUUAUGG